AUGGAGUCCGAUUUCCGCUCUGAAACCGAGCUCGCCCCGGAGCGUGAUCACGAUCAAAGUACAAUUGAUGAAAAACCGAAGACGGCCUGCCCGUGGCCGCUCGUCCUCGGCAUCGGGGGGAUUGUGCUUCUUUUGCUGACCGCUUUCGUCUCCUUCAAAUUGGGCCAACAAUCGGGCCCAGAGCUCGAUCAACAUGAGGCUCCUGGGUCUGGGCAAAACUCUUCCGAAUCUCCUGAAAUUCCGGGUCCAACUACGAAUGUUAUCGAGAACUUGUGCACCACCAAGGGAUGUACAGAGGCCGCCAGUUUGAUAAUCGAAAACAUGAACCCGACCCUCGACCCGUGCGAGGACUUCCACGAGUACGCCUGUGGUGGAUGGAAUCAAAUACACGCCGAUCCUUUGGUGAUGGACUUCUCCGUCAAGCUCAACCAGCAGCUCUUGGAGCUGAUCAUCAACGACAAGUCGGGAAUGGCAGCCGUCGAGAAGGCCAAUGCUUUCUAUGAGAACUGCAAAGCGCUUCGUGCCGAGAACUUCAACGCCGAUCUGCAGAAUUACGUCAAAAAGUUGGGCGAGGAAAUGCCGAGCCUCACCUAUUCGGUCCUCAUGACCUUCCUUUUCCAUCCGUGGAGCCGUCCGCCGAACACCUUCUUACGCGUCGAGGCCACCAUCGAGCCGAAGAUUUCGUUUGUGUUCAACGAGCCGUGGGAUAUCUUUUUCGGAGGUCAGAAGGAGGAGAUGGAGAUGAGCACGGCGGUGGAAAAGCUCCCGGUACCCGACGAAUGGACCCUGAUCACCAUGAUGCAAUUCGAAGAACGGGCAGCCUGGUUCGUCCAACAUAUGGAUUUGAUGGGGGAGCCGGCGCUCGAGCCGGCCAUGCCGUUAAGGGCGUUUAAUGGGGGCAACAAGUUGAUUGCCAUCAGCCUCGGCAUGAUCGCCGCCCCGUUCUACAACCCGAAUUGGCCGCUCGAGUUCCACUACGCGGGCAUCGGACAAAUAAUCGCACACGAGCUGACGCACUCUUUCGAUGAGCAAGCAACUUCUGAAAUUGAGGCCGACGGAGCACAACAGCGUAUCGAGGCCCUCCCGGAUAACAACGGCAUUCGCAUCGCUUGGAGGGCGUACCUUGAAAAACGGCAGAAGCUCUACGGCCGCAACCCACCCAAGCUGCCCGGCCUCCAAGAAUUCACCAAUGAUCAGCUCUUCUACUUGGCAAACGCCCAGUUCUAUUGCGGACGCCAGGACACCAUCUACCCGAAUCAGACACCAGGAGAGCGCCGCUGGCUUGAGGAUCGACACCCGGUGCCGAAUGUUCGUCUCAACGGGCUGUUCCAAAAUUUUAAACCGUUCGCUACGACCUUCAAGUGCAAGCCGAAUACGCCAAUGAAUCCGCCGCGCGAGUGCAGAGUCUGGCGCCACCGCAUCCAU